AUGGAUGCAGUAAGUGAAGUCUUGGAGGAUCUUCCAAGGAAUCAUAGCCCUGAAAAAGACUCCCUAAGUAUUUCUGAUGGUGUAAGAGUCCAAGAAGAAUCAAUGUCAGGAGAGACUAACCGUGGCAAUGAAAAUAAUGUAGAGGAUCUACAGCCAGAAGAGGAGCACUUUUUAGAUAAGAUUCCUCCUGAUUUUGAUAUUGCUGAGAAGCAUAGAGAAUCAUGUAGGAUCAGACGAAUCAAUAAAGUGAAAAUAUUUGAACAGAGCAACAAUUCUGCACAUUUCUGCAGCUGAUGCAACUUACCUACUAAGGAAGUAGCUCAAAAGUUUUCUGUUUGAGCGAAGUCUUCAGAGCUUGAAGCCAUAGGGAUAGGAUUUGGAAUGCUCUAUAGACUCAAAAUGUUUCAUUUAGUAAUUUACUUUGUACUAGGUGUGAUGGGAUCAACUUUUAGUUUGCGCCUCAUUCUUCAAAGUGAAGGUUCUGCUGGUGAUUUUAACAAUGCCAAAGAUGUAUCUUUCCUCUCAAGGAUCAGUCUUGGAGAAUUCGGUAAAUAUCCUAGUAGCUCAGACAAGGACAAUAUUGGAAGUAUCUCAAACCUAUAUCUGUUCUUAAUAUUGCUAAUCUCUGUUGGCAUUAUUGGUUACAAGCUUUAUCAAAACCAAACCAUCAAGAAGAAAUCAAAGAAUCAUACUAAAGCCUCUGAUUUUGGAGUAAUCGCUACGAAUCUGACCAAAGAUACAUCAAAGGAUCAGAUUAAAAACUGGCUAAUGAAGCAAAACAGCCACUAUGAAAUAGUCUAUAUCGAAAUGUGUAAAGACAUCAAAGAUCCUGUCAAGAUUACCAAGAGGAUUGAUAAACUUAAGAAUAGAAAAAGAGCCUUUGAGUUAUACAACAAAAAACUUCUCAAGCUCAGUGGAGAGAAUGAAGACCAAAGGGAGGUAUAUCCUCCACCUAAGAAGUGGCUAUGAAUAACUACCAAGAAAUACGGUGAAAUAAACAAAGAAAUCAAAAAUAUUGAAGAAGAAAUUGAAAAACUUGAAAGAGAAAAGGAGGAAUUGGAAGAAGACCUCAAGUUUUGUGGAACAGCUAUUAUCAUGUUCGACAAGAUUGAUGAUGUUGAAAUCAUUACAAAGAACUUCAAGAUUACUUGGAUCGGGAGGUUUGCACUGUACAUUGCUCACAAGUUAUUCAACAGUUUGAAACGUGUUGCUCAAAAGGAAUGAAUUUUGGAUGACAGGAGAAUCUUUAUUGAAAGCCCACCUGAGUCAAACGACCUUAUCUGGGAAAACCUCUCGACUAGAAAAAGACUUAAGGUCACUAAAGCCAUAAAGACUUAUGCCAUCACGGCAUUCUGCCUACUCAUCGCUGGAGGUAUUAACUACCUUUUGAAUAAACUGAGAGAUCAGGUUUCUGGGACUGAACAAACAAAUCCUUGGGUAUUUAUAGUAACUUUGAUAACCAUGCUUUGUGUUGCUUUUACGAAUCAGGUACUUUGAUUUAUUAUUAGGAAGAUUUCUGUUAAGGAAAGGCACAAUACCCACACAAGCUAUAACUUAUCGGUCGCUCAAAAGCUAGCUAUUGCUAGUCUUAUCAACACUGGGAUAUCUCCAUUGCUGGUGAACUUUGGUAAAGAUAACUGGUUCCAUUCGAAUGGACUUGUAGUUGAUGUUGUAUCAAACACCUUAUCUGUUUGUUUCUUUAAUCCUCUGAUGUAUCUGUGAGAUCCUAAGUACUUUUACAAGAAGUGGCUGGCUUGAGUUGAGAGGAAGAAAGAAACUGAUUCCUUGUUGACUCAAAGACAGGUUAACGAUUUGUUUGAAGGUCCACAAGUAGACAUUGCGUUACAACACUCCAACUUAAUGUUACUUUUGUGUUUAGUCCUCAUGUACUGAUAUGUAUUCCCUAUUGUAGCAGUGAUCGCAAUAUUUGGUGCAUUAUUUCAGUACUUUAUCGAGAAAUAUCUACUACUCAAUAGACACAAGCUACCUCCCGAAAUCGGUCCAUCCCUAUCUCAGUUCUUCAUUGGGGUAAUGCCUGUCCUUGUGGCAAUCUUUGGGUGAUCUAUCUUCUUUAGUAACUCAUAUUUAUUUGGAAUCAAUUACUGGCGUUUUAUAGUGGUAUCAAUUCUAGCUCUGAUUUAUUUUGCAUUCCCAAUUCCUGAUUGCUUAAUAAGGUCUAUUUGUGAUUACAGAAAGGACUCUCAGUUAAGAUAUCAUAAGGAAAAACAUAAAUUUCUGUUUGAUUACAAUAGAGCAAAUCCUGCAGCCGAUAAAUCAGAUGGAGGAGAGUCAAACAGAGAAAAUGAAGAUGCUGAAAAUUGUGCCAGACAAAUAGAUCAGCCAGAACCUUCAAACGUCUUCACUCGAAUGAGAAAGGCAAUGUUUGAAUCUCCCGAUUCACAAAAUGUAGCUAAUCGGAUCUCGAACUAUGCCCUUUAUGGAAAUCCUGUCGGUGGGGGUCAGAAUAGUUUCCCUUUACAUAACUUCAGUUAUAUUAGUGAUGCUUUUAAUCACUAUGCUGGAGUUGCUACUCAUGUCUCUGCAAGAAAUACUGAAGGACAGAAUCCAAUGCCUACUCUUGUUCCCGAUCACAACGAGAAUCAAUGGAAUGCUAUAAAUAGGUCUAACAUAAAUAAUUCUCUUUCAAAGAGAGAGCCAUAUGAAGAUCCUCCUUUUCUAGUACAUCAAAACAAUAGUACUGCUCAUAUUUUAACAGAGAGGCGGAAUGCAGAUACAUCCAUGAAGGAACUUGAUAACAAUUAUCAAGAUGGCGGAAAUGAUGAAGAAGAUUAA